GAAUAGAAGACCACGAUUUCACCAUGAGACCAGCAUUUGGAGGUCCUCCAAUUCCAGUCGGAGUAGAUGUUCAGGUUGAAAGUCUGGACACCAUCUCUGAAGUGGAUAUGGAUUUUACCAUGACACUGUAUCUGCGUCACUACUGGAAGGACGAGCGGCUGGCGUUCCCCAGCACCAACAACCAGAGCAUGACCUUCGACAGUCGCCUGGUGAAGAAGAUUUGGGUUCCUGACAUGUUCUUCGUCCACUCCAAGCGCUCGUUCAUUCAUGACACCACCACUGACAACGUCAUGUUGAGGGUUUAUCCUGAUGGCAACGUCCUCUACAGUCUUAGAGUCACUGUCACUGCUAUGUGCAACAUGGACCUCAGCCGCUUCCCUCUGGACACCCAAACCUGCUCACUGGAGAUUGAGAGCUAUGCGUACACAGAUGAUGACCUGAUGCUGUACUGGAAGAAAGGCAAUGAAUCCCUGAACACUGACGACAGAAUAUCUCUGUCUCAGUUCCUCAUCCAGAAAUUUCACACCACCACCAAGCUGGCUUUCUACAGCAGCACAGGCUGGUACAAUCGUCUUUACAUCCACUUCACCCUGCGGCGCCACAUCUUCUUCUUCCUGCUUCAGACCUACUUCCCUGCCACCCUGAUGGUCAUGUUGUCCUGGGUGUCCUUCUGGAUUGACCGCAGGGCAGUCCCUGCCAGAGUCCCUCUAGGCAUCACCACAGUGCUGACCAUGUCCACCAUCAUCACUGGGGUCAACGCCUCCAUGCCGCGAGUGUCCUACAUUAAGGCAGUGGACAUUUACCUCUGGGUCAGUUUUGUCUUUGUCUUCUUGUCGGUGAUAGAGUAUGCAGCGGUCAACUACCUCUCCACUGUACAGGAGCGGAAAGAAAGGAAGCUGAGGGAGAGACUGCCGUGUACAUGCGGCAUUGGCAACCCGGACGAGAUGAUGAUAGACCCCCAGAUCACUGGCUAUGGGACUAUGGAUAUCAAUACCACAGGGAAUUAUGGGAUGCCGGAGAACGGCGGUCGCCAGGAGCGAAUGUUGGCUCAGAUGGCGCUCAAUGACCCACAGAUUGCGAGCCAGGUGAAGCCAUCCAGGGGCUACGUGAACAUUUGGAUAGACACCCACGCCAUAGACAAAUACUCGCGGGUUGUCUUUCCUGGAGCUUACAUCCUCUUUAAUAUCAUCUACUGGUCCAUCUACUCAUAACCAGAGAUGUAGAAGUGCAUCAUCUGAGAGAGCCAUCCAUGAGGGAACUCCGGUAAACUUGGCUCAUAUUUAAAGAGCAGGAAAAAGACAUUGCACUUGAUGCUUUUCACUGGAUGCAGAGACAGAAACUGUGUAAGAUGCAUGAGGACCACAGCCAGAUGGGGACUAUUGCCUUCUUGACCCAGCCACUUAAAACUGAUGAGUUGCACUGGUUUCAGUCAAAUGUACAGUAUGUGGUUUUAACUAUAUUGGUGUUGAUGGAAAGACAUUUGGAUUUUUUUUGUUGCCGUGGCCUGAUGUUCUAACUGCACAGAGAGGUGAACACAAACUGUGUUACUGUGCAGCUGAGCUCCGCUACUUUUUCAGUUCUCAAUGCAGUGACUUUUUGAAAUUAAUAAACCUGAAUGCUCACAAAAACGGAUCUCCGAUGUCUCUUCCCCUCUGCAUACAGUAUGGGCUAGACUUGACAAUCAAUAAAACACUAAAAGUAUUUUUAAAAACCUGACAGUCAGGUUCUUCCUGAAGUCUUGAAGUUUUACUUUUCUUUUGCAGCACGUUAGUAUAAGUCAGUAUAUGUUACAUUUUCUUGUGAUCUUUGUAUCAAUGCAAUUACUUUGCUGUCGAGCUACUGCAUUGCAUUUGUGUGAUUUGACAAAGCAAUUAAAACUUUUAAAAUUACAAAUGUAAAACUAUAUGUUUAGUAAAUCCCAAACACUGAUUAUUGUAUUGACUUUUUUAUGUCCUUAUUUCUUCUUUUUUUAUAUACACAACUGAAGCUCAUCUCCUUUGUUGGUGUUGUGAGGCUUUGAGGUUCACUGUGAUCUUUUAGUUGCUAGUUUUAUCAUAUUUUUCAGCUUAAAAAAAACGUUAUACUUUGUGAAACAAAAGAUACAUUAUAUAUCUUUUGGUGGUUUAUAAGAAAACAUAUUGACCAAAAAAUACAGGUAUUAAAUUUGAAAUAUGAAAGGAUGUUUUCUGUGAGAAGAUGUUAAUUAAAUGUUUUUUUUUGGGAAAAUGUGAUAAUUAUUUGAGCAAAGCUUAUGCUGAACAAUAAAACCACAAUACUGUACAUUUUAAAUCUCCACAUGUAAUAGUUUUGUGAGACGCAUGGCUUAAUCUUGCUUUCUAUCAACAGACAUCAAUUAAAAUUGACUGAAAUACAAACAGUCAAAGUUGUGAC